GUUGUACGGGUUUGAUCGUUGUAAGCUGUCAUUGUUAAUAAGAAUUUGUUCUUAACUGACUGCCCUAGUUAAAUAACGUUUAAAUAAAAAUACAAAUAUGUUUAUGUUCACAACGUCAUCAUUCUGUGUCGCUGUUGGGGUCUAAGAGACGUCAUGUGUACACACCCCCAUCCUCGGUACUUCAUGUCGACAACUAUGCAAAGAUGUUGCAAAUGAAAAAUCGUAUAAAAUAUUGCUCUUUGGCAAUUGCUGCGACCAGGUUGUUUUCGUCUGGACCCGUCAAGAAUCCAGUCGUGUAUUUUGACAUCGCAGCUGACAAUGAACCUCUGGGACGAAUCAUUAUAGAGUUGAAUGCAGCUGCUGUGCCCAAAACAGCAGAGAACUUUAGAGCACUGUGCACUGGGGAACAUGGCUUUGGAUACAAAGGAUCAGUGUUCCACAGAGUGAUUCCUGAGUUCAUGUGUCAGGGAGGAGAUUUCACGCAUCACAACGGGACUGGAGGGAAGUCCAUAUACGGGACCAAGUUUAAAGACGAGAACUUCAAACUGAAACACAACGGGCCAGGUAUCUUAUCCAUGGCAAAUUCAGGGGCGAACACGAACGGUUCUCAGUUCUUCAUCUGCACAGUUAAAACUGAAUGGUGAAGGAGGGCAUGGAGGUAGUCUUCAACAUGGAAUCCUUUGGUUGUCAUGACGGUGGUGUGGUAAAGAAAAUCGCCAUCAUGGACUGUGGGGAGAUCAAGUAAAACACACAGACAGGUUGGAGAAGGUCACUGUGGACAACGACUCUUGGAAACGUCCAAUUUUGUAAAAGUUUUUUUAACUCUUCUGUUUUCCUCACCCAAUUAAAAAAUGACAACCACAAAUACACCAGCUGUCUCUCAUACAUGUAGUCUCUUGUCAGCUGUCUGUCAUACAUGUAGUCUCUUGUCAGCUGUCUAUCAUACAUGUAGUCUCUUGUCAGCUGUCUGUCAUACAUGUAGUCUCUUGUCAGCUGUCUGUCAUACAUGUAGUCUCUUGUCAGCUGUCUGUCAUACAUGUAGUCUCUUGUCAGCUGUCUGUCAUACAUGUAGUCUCUUGUCAGCUGUCUAUCAUACAUGUAGUCUCUUGUCAGCUGUCUGUCAUACAUGUAGUCUCUUGUCAGCUGUCUAUCAUACAUGUAGUCUCUUGUCAGCUGUCUGUCAUACAUGUAGUCUCUUGUCAGCUGUCUGUCAUACAUGUAGUCUCUUGUCAGCUGUCCCUCAUACAUCUAAUCUCAUUGUCUUUGGACAAUGUGUUCUCCCUUCACACACACACACACUUACUCUAUAGCAUUUAUACUGUCUGUACUCAUGACAUCUUCUCAUGUUCAUAGCCUGUGCUUUACACAUUCAAGAGUUGUUGUAUGGAGAGGAUUGGACUUUGGAGUAUUUCAACACUGGUACUAAGAUACCUCUGAAGUGGGUGCUUUUUAUUCUAGAUGUCACUAAUAUUUUUCUAAAGAAAAUCAUCUAUAAACUAUUUAAGGCAUGUAUGAUGGACCCGACACCUAUAGAAUGUAUAAAAUAAUGUUGUACAUUUACUGCCAAAUAAAUCUAUGUUUUUAGAUUUUA